AUGGUUCGGCACAAUGAUGCGCCUUGGGAUAGUGUAGACAGUAGUCGGCCUCAGAUGUCAGAUCUUGUACCUGCUGAUGGCUCGCUAUUCCGUCCCUCCCAUGCUCAUCAACCGUCGAACCCCAACGUGUUUUCAGACGACUACUCGAUCGACUCAAUUGACGCACCUCUCUUCUCAAACCAUCAACGAGCCCAGUCCUUUUCAUCAUUCGACUCUACCUCGACUAUUGAACCUCGACAUUACGAAGCACCCAGGCCAGUGGCCGAAAAUAGCACACGGGCGAACCUGUUGAAUCAGCAGUCGAAUCGUCCACCAUUGGUCUCGAACCAUCAGCGAGAUGAAUCGCUGACUCUAGGCAGGACUACCAGUGGACAGUCACAGGCAUCUUCAGUGUCACAUGAGGGAAUUAACCCUGAUCCUUUUGCGGACCAACCGACAUCAUCAUUUGCCGACAGUCCUCGGCCCUCGAGUAUUCGGAAGACGAUAACCUCAUUGAAUCGUCAGUCCACAGUUUCGACUACCUCAACCAGAUCGGGUUAUACUCCAGUACCAAGGGCGAUGAGCCCAUAUCGCGGCGCUACCGGUCCUAGUCAUCCAUAUGGAAUGUAUCCACAGGUCGGGGUCGGUCGGUCGCCAAGUGUUGCGACAGUUUCAACAAUUCGACAAUUCGAUAGUCCGCUGAGAGGCCAAAAUGCACCUCAGCAUCCCUACGCUAUGUAUCCACAAAACAUUGAUUAUGAAGAAGAUUUGGGAGAUCAGCCCAUUCCAGUAGGCUUCCCUCCCCGUGGGAUACAGCCUCAAGCAACAACGACACGAGCAGAUGAUGUCGGGGAUAUUAUAGGCCCAGAUGGCCAUCUGGAACAGCUUCCACCGUAUUCCCGCUAUCCCGACGGUGUUAUUCGGCCGACGACAGGCCGUGGUCCAGCUAGCAUAGCAAGUGAUAUGAGGGGACGUUUUGAGAGAUAUCAAGACGAACCCCACAAUAGGCCAGAUGCGUCUUCAGGGACAUUGGUCAAUGCUGAUUCUUCAGAACCACUCCGGUCCCCAAGCACACCAACCGAACGUUCAUCAACUCUAGUGGCGCCGGCGUCACUGGACGAAAAACUGAGUCAAAAGGGGCGCCAGAGAUGCUGCGGCGCCCCAGUCUGGCUUGUGGUAAUGGUAAGUAUGGCCAUGAUAAUCUGUGCACUUUUGGGCGGUGCUAUUGGUGGUGUAUUGGGCGAAAAGGCGGCCACGCAUCGAGCACAGGCUGCAGCCUCUGCGCGCGCCUCACAUUCGACGAGCGUGGUCACCGUCACUUACACAUCCGACGUGUCACCAUAUACUGCUACUCCCACAGGGUUUGCUGCUCUUCCGACAGGCAAUUAUCAGGUUCCUUGGGUUGUUACAAAUGUGUCCAAAUUCUGUGUCGGCACGUCUGGCCAAAUGCAAUCCUGGAGCUGUCAAAUUAUGAACCCGCUUGCUAUUGAUAUUCAAGGAUCUGUUAUGUCCAGUAGCAUUACUAUCGAGCAGCCCAACAUUAAGAAUGGCCAUUUCAGUUAUGGUGCUCAGCUACCCUACGACAUCAGUCCCCCAAAACAACAUCUCAGCAUCAUGAUUGAUAAAGAAGACCCUCAACUCGGGCCGGCGCUGUUCUUUCAGUCACUUUUCAAUAAACUCGUUAUCGUCCAAGAUUCCCCAGAAAUGCAAGCCAAACGCUCACUUAGUGAGAGGGACACUUCCAGUAACGGUUAUGGGCAAGGACAGACUCAGGACACAACGUACGCGAAGCCGUGGUUUUGCUGGUGGAACGAGACACAAAUUGAGAUUUUCAUAUAUCUAAAUCAAACUCAAGACGGAACGGGCUCUCACAUGACGAGCGCAGCCGCGCAACCCACGACGGGGUCGUCCACCACAUCUACAACCGGCUCACACAAACGAGAUUUAUAUGAACGAGAUAGUAUUGCCGGUGUGUAUCCCAGGAAGUUUAAGGUCAAGGAAAACCGAAUCAACCCCAGUGCGCCGCAAGCAUAUUGCCAGCAGAUGCAGUUCAAUUCAGAUAACAGCUUAACUCCAAUCGUGGGUCGACGUUUCAAUGUCAACGAAACGGCACCGACAGGUUCGCAUGACGGGACAAGGCCUCCUCCAUGCUACUGCGAGUGGAUGACCUGAAGUGAAUUUUUUGCAUCAAACAACCUUGCAUAGCUAUUGCCUGGCGUUAUCCGGUUUUCUUUUCCGCAUCUUCUUGACGUGAUACGAUUGCUGUUUAUGAUACACAGUCAUCUUUCCGGAGUACAUUUUGAGAAACAUGGGUUGGAGUUUUGUCUGAGUCUUCUUUCGGAUUUACUAGCAAUCUUCUGGGCGUUUGAUUUAUUUUCAUUCCUUUAUGUUUCCUUGGGUGAGUACGGCGUUGAUAAUUACUACUUUUGACUUCUGGGCAGAGCGUCAAGGCUCAAUGGGGGAGGAUUUCUGGUAUAUACAUAGGUCUUGAUCUUAUUUCUCCGAGGUAUUUUGGCCGCGAUCGAAGUUCAUGCGGUCGACCAUAGGUUUCGUUGGUACAUUUUUUGUCCUGAAAUCAGUUUAAUUCUAUCAUAACGUCUUCUAACUAUCGAGUCUAGUAUUAUUUG